CAUUAUUUCAAUCUAUUUUACAUAGAAAACAGAAGUCAUCCAGACUAAUCAUUCUUUCCUUUUCCUCUAUAAAAAGCACUUUUUUCGUUUUUCAUUUUUCAUUUUUCUGUCUCCUCAGGAGUCUCAAAUCAUCUCACCUUUCGAACCACCAUGGCGGCGGCGGCGGCCACCGCAGCCUCUCUCUUUAGAGUAGUCAUCCGCCGCGAGACGACGACAUCGCCAUUAGCCGGGAAGAAACACCGGUCCUCCGUCCGGAUCCCGCGCUUCGCCGUGUCCGUUGACCGGCCUCCGGCGCCGACGUCUGCGGUAACAACGUCGCCGGAGAAAACAAAUCCGGUGGUGAAGCGAGAAGAGGAAGGAGAAAGAGCCGUUGACGCGAAGGUGAAAGAGGAAGAAGAGGAGAGCAAGAACAGAAGCGUGUUCAGCGGUAUGAAGCGGUUUCUGGAAGAAUCGAAGGUGAUAAUCGACGAGGAAAAGGAAAACGGUGGUGGUGGAGCGCCGCGGUGGUUCUCGCCGCCGGAUACGGUGGAUUGCAGCGGUUCUUGGCAAAUGGAGGAUCCGCCGGUGUUACUCUACUUACCGGGGAUUGAUGGCGUGGGACUUGGACUUACUUUACAUCAUCAGAAACUCGGAAGGAUUUUUGAUAUAUCAUGCAUGCAUAUUCCAGUGGCCGAUCGAACACCAUUUACAGACCUCAUGAAAAUAGUUGAAAGUAGAGUCAAGUCAGAGCAUCAACGUUCACCAAGGAAACCCAUAUAUCUUGUUGGAGAAUCUUUAGGAGCAUGCCUUGCGCUUGCUGUUGCAGCCCGCAACCCAGAUAUCGAUCUUGUACUGAUUCUAGCAAAUCCAGCUACUUCAUUCAGCAGGUCACAGUUGCAACUUCUAAUACCAUUAAUGGAGGUUCUUCCUGACCCACUCUCACUUGGCCUGCCUGAACUUCAGAGUUUGAUGCCAGGCGACUCUGAGAGGAUGGAAUUGGGUAAUUUGUUGAAAGGACUUCCUCUACAAAAUACAACAAAAGAGUUGAUGGAGGAUUUUAUUAAUUUCUCACCAUCUCUGCCUGCUCUUGCUGAUAUAUUACCAAAAGAAACACUUCUGUGGAAACUAAAGCUGCUUAGAUCAGCUUCUGCAUAUGCCAACUCACGCCUUCAUGCUGUAAAAGCUCAGACUUUGAUACUAUCCAGUGAAAAAGAUGAAUUACUACCUAGCAAAGAGGAAGGUGAAAGGCUACGUAAGUUAUUAGCUAACUCUGAGCUACGUAAAUUUGCAGACAGUGGACAUUUCCUAUUCCUGGAAGGCAACAUUGACCUGGUAACAGUCAUCAAGGGAACUUCUUUCUACCGCCGUGGCAAGAAGCAUGAUUAUGUAUCAGAUUAUAUACCGCCAACGCCUACGGAAUUCAAAGAAGUACUGGAAUCUUACAGGCUAUUGAACAUUCUGACAAGUCCUGUAAUGUUGUCAACUUUGGAGGAUGGAACAAUUGUAAAGGGCCUUGCUGGACUUCCUUCAGAGGGACCUGUUAUAUAUGUUGGGUAUCACAUGCUGCUCGGAAUUGAACUCGGUCCAUUAGUUUCUCGAAUUUUGACCGAAAGAGAUAUCCUUGUUCGAGGGAUAGCUCAUCCAUUGAUGUUUAGGAGAAAUGAUGCUGGACUAUUGCCAGAUUUAGCUUCUUUUGAUUCUUUCAGAGUUAUGGGUGCUGUUCCUGUUGCUGCAACUAACCUAUUCAAGCUUUUGUCUUCCAAGUCUCAUAUCUUAUUAUAUCCUGGAGGGAUGCGCGAGGCUCUUCACAGGAAGGGUGAAGAAUACAAGUUAUUCUGGCCUGAACAAUCUGAGUUUGUUAGAAUGGCAGCUCGAUUCGGAGCUAAAAUAGUACCUUUUGGUACUGUUGGAGAAGAUGAUCUUGCUGAGGUUGUUCUUGAUUAUGAUGACUUGGUCAACAUUCCUUUAUUCAAGUCUCUAAUAGAGAAGCUCACAGCUGAGUCUAUCCCUUUGAGGACUGAUGCUACUGGUGAGGUGGCAAAUCAACAAGUACAUAUGCCUGCAUUCUUGCCUAAAGUUCCUGGCCGUUUCUAUUAUUAUUUUGGAAAACCAAUCGAAACUGAAGGUAGGAGACAUGUGCUGAAAGACAGGGAGAAAUCUAAUGAACUAUAUUUACAAGUGAAAUCCGAGGUUGAGAAAUGUUUGGCUUAUUUAAAGGAGAAAAGAGAAAGUGACCCUUACAGAAACAUAGUGCCUCGGCUAUUAUACAAGGCCGAACAUGGUUUUGAUGCUGAAGUUCCAACUUUCGAAAUUUGAAUGUUGGAAAACCAAACCUGUUGGUGUCUUUUCUUUCUUUCUUUCUUUCUUUUGUUUUUUCCCUCCUCUUUUAAUUGGUUAGAUGUGCAUUCCCCUAUGUAAAAUGAAAAUGAAAUCAUCCAUUUUUCUUUUUCCUUUUUGAUAGAACAGUGCAAUAAUUCUUGGUUCAAAUCAAUAAGAGGUGAAUGCGGGUUUCACGAAUAUAAUAUAAU